ACCAUGGCCAAGUUCACCCCCCCAAAGACGUACAAAGCUGCCGCUGUAACCAAGAAGUCCGCCCUUGAGCUCAUCGACGUCCCGUGGAAGGACCCAGCGGCCGGGCAGGUCGUAGUGAAAGUCGAGGCAUGCGGCGUUUGUCGGAGCGACGACUUGGUGGUGAACCAGUUAAUGCCCGCGGGCCUGCCGCGCAUCCCGGGGCACGAGAUUGUCGGAACGGUCGUGGCCGUCGGGCCCGGGGAGAAGCUCUGGAAGGAGGGCCAGCGCGUCGGCGGGGGUUGGCACGGCGCACAUUGCUUCGCGUGUCGGCAGUGCCGCAAGGGGGAUUUCAAUACGUGCGAGAAUGAGCAGGUCAAUGGCGUGACGAUGGAUGGCGGGUAUGCGGAGUAUGCGACGUUGAAGAGCGAGGCCGUCGUUGCGCUCCCUGAAGGGAUGGACCCCGCAGAGACGGCGCCUUUGAUGUGUGCUGGUGUAACCACGUACAAUUCGAUCCGCAACAUGGGUUUGAAGGCAGGCGACAUCGUCGCUGUUCAGGGCAUUGGAGGUCUAGGCCACCUCGCCCUGCAAUACGCUCGCGCGAUGGGCUACAAGACCGUCGCGCUGUCCACCUCGGCAUCAAAGAAAGCCCUGGCGAGCGAGCUCGGCGCGCACGCAUACCUCGACGCUAGCAAGGUCAACCAGGCGGAGGAGCUCGGCAAGAUGGGCGGCGCGAACCUCAUCGUGUGCACCGCGCCGAGCGCGGACAUCAUCCAGGCGCUCGUGCCCGGGCUCGCGGUGGGCGGGACGCUGCUCGUCCUGGCGAUCGCGCCGGACGACCUCAAGUUCAAUGCGACGCCGUUCAUUACGAAGAGGCUGUCGCUGCGCGGGUGGCCGUCGGGUCAUGCGAAGGAUAGCGAGGACUGCGCGGCGUUUAGUAAGCUUGAGGGGGUGAAGUGCAGGAUCCAGAAGUACCCGCUUGAGAAGGCGGCGGAGGCAUACCAAAGCAUGAUGGAUGGGUCGGCGAAGUUCAGGGCUGUUAUUGUUCCUUGAAGGGUGUAGAGUCAAGAAUCGGGUAUGUUAGAAAGAUAAAAGCUGUACAAGUAUUGUAGUCUAUGAACUCGAGCAACUUUUCAAGUUGUC